GAAAACUUUGAAACUAUCUGGACCAUGAAAAAUCCGCUUGCUGACUGAAGCUUGCGCUGACUGAUAUGUGACGAAUAGUCCCGCUACGGGAUAUUACUCAGAGUCUCAUCUAUAAUGUCAGCUGCCCACCUCUCCAUUUCUCAGUCAACUUCCGCAACAAUGGCGACAUCGAUUCCUGCAGUAUAUAAACAGUAGAGCAUUUCACAAGAACUUAUCUCGAGUAAUUGGAGCAUACAAUGCCUGCUACGCUUAUCCAACCCUCUACUGUCCCUGGAAAGCUUCUCUACUUCACCCCUCCCAAAGACGGAUCCAGACCGAUUACCCGCAUAAACGAGGAUGCCAAUUAUGACAGUCGGUUCAAUUGGGUACAGGCAGAACAUACUGUUCCCAUCGAAAAUAUUCGUGGAAAGGAGGAUUCUUACACGCUUAACUCUGCCGGAUUUCAGUAUUACCAACACAAGUCGAAACACACAGCAUUCUCCAAUGAUGAAGAUAUAGAAAGGGAGUAUUACCCGGAGAGUGUAGAAUUGAUCAAGCAGCUUACUGGGGCCAGUAAAGUCGUAUUGUUCGAUCACACUAUCAGACGACGACGCCCUGGCGAAUUGGACACUGAUCCCUCAAAAAGGCAGCCUGUCUCCAACGUCCAUGUUGACCAGACAAGCCAGUCAGCGAAGAGCCGGGUCCUUCGCCAUCUCCCAGCAUCUGAAGCGCCACAACUGUUAAAGAAGCGUUUUCAAAUCAUAAACCUCUGGCGACCUAUUUCUCACCCCGCAUAUGAUUGGCCUCUCACACUUUGUGAUUUCCGAAGUAUGAACAGGGAAAAGGACCUCGUACCAAUAGCCCUCAUUUAUCCUGACCGAGAAGGCGAGACGUACGGUGUCAAGUACAGUCCAGAGCAGAAGUGGAAGUAUCUGAAAGGGAUGACGCCGGAAGAGAUUGUAUUGAUCAAAUGUUAUGAUUCGAUAGAGGAUGGGAGUGUGUCUGUGCUCACGCCUCAUACGGCAUUUGAAGAUCCAUCCACACCAGAAGGAAGUCCCCUCCGAGAAUCGAUCGAGUUGAGGGCUCUUGUAUUCUAUGAUUAACAUUAGGCUACUAGAAUAAACAUGCUGUAGUUUUAGUUACUCAAACAAAUGUAUUUUGUGUCAAUGUAGAGAACCAGCGGAAUCCAAUAAAAGUGCA